GCCCAGGUGCCGCAGUGAUGUCUGUUGACUGCUUCUCCUGGAUUCUGCUGCUUCUCGGGGCACUGGGCCGCCCCACGGCCCUCUCGAUGCACAUGGAGGCCCACAGGGAGCCUGGCCUGGAGCUCUCGGGGGACGGGGCACUGCCGGGCAGUGGGCGUGUCAAGCGCGGAUGGGUCUGGAACCAGUUCUUUGUGGUGGAGGAGUACACGGGCACGGAACCACUGUACGUUGGGAAGAUCCACUCGGACUCGGACGAAGGGGACGGCUCCAUCAAGUACACCAUCUCCGGGGAAGGGGCUGGCACCAUCUUCCUGAUCGAUGAGCUGACGGGGGACAUCCACGCCACGGAGCGCCUGGACCGAGAGCAGAAGACCUUCUACACCCUCCGGGCCCAGGCGCGGGACCGCCAGACCAACCAGCUGCUGGAGCCCGAGUCGGAGUUCGUCAUCAAGGUCCAGGACGUCAACGACAGCGAGCCCCGCUUCCUGGGGGGGCCCUACAUUGGGAGCGUGGCGGAACUCUCCCCCAUUGGCACGUCUGUCAUGCAAGUCAUGGCCUCCGAUGCUGACGACCCCACCUACGGCAGCAGCGCCCGGGUGGUCUACAGCGUGCUGGAGGGGGAGCAGCACUUCACGGUGGACAGCAAGACGGGUGUGAUCCAGACCGCUGUGGCCAACCUGGACCGCGAGACCCAGGACCGGUAUGAGGUGGUCAUUCGGGCCACGGACAUGGCCGGGCAACUGGGGGGCCUGUCUGGCUCCACCACAGUGACCAUCGUCAUCACGGAUGUGAACGACAAUCCUCCCCGCUUCCCCCAGAAGAUGUACCAGUUCAGCAUUGCAGAGACAGCCCCUGUGGGCACCCUCAUUGGCAAGGUGAAGGCCGAAGACUCGGAUGUGGGCGAGAACACGGACAUGACCUACCAGGUGAAGGACGAGGAGGGGCUGGGGGCCUUCCGGGUGACCACUGACAGCCACUCCCAGGAGGCCCUGCUCUCGGUGCAAAAGCCCCUGGACUUCGAAGCCCAGCCUGUGCACACGGUGGUGGUGGAGGCCCUGAACAAGUUUGCAGAUCCCCGCUUUGCAGAUCUGGGCACUUUCCGGGACCAGGCCAUUGUGCGGGUGACGGUGCUGAAUGUGGAUGAGCCGCCGGAGUUCCAGCCCCCCCACGGCCCGAUGGAGGUGUCGGAGGAUGCCCUGGUGGGCUCUGUGGUGGGUGUCAUCUCUGCUGUGGACCCCGAUGCACCCAACAGCCCCAUCCGGUAUGCCAUUGACCAGAGUUCUGACCUGGAGCACAUCUUCGACAUUGACCCAGAGAGGGGCACCAUUGUGACAGGCAAGCUACUGGACCGGGAGACGGCCGGCUGGCACAACAUCACCGUCUUGGCCAUGGAGGCAGACAACCCCGAGAAAGUGUCCCGAUUGUCCCUGCAGAUCCGCAUCCUGGAUGUGAACGACAACCCGCCCGAGCUGGCCACUCCCUACGAGGCUGCGGUGUGCGAGGACGCCAAGGCUGGAGAGCUCAUCCACACCAUCAGCGUGGUGGAUCGAGACGAGCCCCAGAGCGGGCACCACUUUUAUUUCACGCUGGCCCCGGAGGCCUCGGGCAGCAGCCGCCACUUCUCCCUCCUGGACAUCACGGACAACACGGCUGCGGUGCGGACCCAGCGGCCGGGCUUCAACCGGCAGGAGCAGGACCUCUUCCUGCUGCCCAUUCUGGUGGUGGACAGCGCGCCCCCCGCCCUCAGCAGCACCGGCACCCUCACCAUCCGCGUCUGCGGCUGCGACAGCUCCGGAGCCAUCCAGUCCUGCAACGCCACGGCCUACGCUCUGGCCGCCUCCCUCAGCCCCGGGGCCCUCAUCGCCCUGCUCGUCUGCCUCCUCAUCCUGUGCUGGUGCUGCUGAUCCUGACGCUGAAGCGCCACCAGAAAGGCCACCUGACCUCGGAGGAGGAGGAGGACAUGCGCGACAACGUCAUCAAGUACAACGACGAGGGGGGCGGCGAGCAGGACACGGAGGCCUACGACAUGUCCGCCCUGCGGAGCCUCUACGACUUCAGC